AUGAAAAAUUAUCAAAAUUAACCUACUUAUGAAUUAGAGAAUUCAUUUAGCGAAGAGCACUUCACUAUAAUGGCUUUUCAUUAGAUUAACAAGAUACUGAUUACUUCUUCACUGAAUUAUGCAAAAGCAUUUCAAUUUAAAUAGGGCUCACUCAACACUAUUAAAUUAUUUUAGACUUACAGAAGAUACAUUACAAAUAUAAUUUUUUCAAGAAGAAUUAUUAAUUUUUUACUAGAUGAAUAGAUUCUUCUAUCAUAAUCUGGUCUUCUAAUCUCUUAUCCUUACCAAAAUACUAACAGAAAUUAAAAAGUCAUACACACUCCAUAUUCCGUUUAGCAAUACGCCCUAAUGAUGAAAAUCUCUUUUUAUCGGCGGUGCAAACUGCAUUCUAAUGGUCUUGCUAGUAGACAAUUAAAGAGGAGACUGGAUGGAUAUACGCAUUAUGGAUAAAUUAAGGUGGAAAUUAAUUAAUAUGUUGUUCUUUAAAUUCAUCCAUCCUUGUGA